UGAAGUUCAUAAUGUGAAUACACCAUUAAAAACACAUAUGCUUGAUGGCGUCAUGGCGUUUUAUAUCGAUUUAGCGAUGUUGCACGUCUAUCGAAAGCCCCCUAACUUUUGAUGUAGUAUGGCUAGCUAUUCGAAAUUUCACACGAAUACUUAUUUUUGAUGUAGAUCGCUUUGGAUAGUAAAUGAUAUGUGCCAUAUUACUGAUCGUGUUUGGUGCUCUGCUUUUCUCGAAAGUACACACCGUGGAAGAUUUUGCAGAGGCGGUUAAAACGCAACAGGUCCCUGUGACAAUGAUUGUUUUGGGCGUAGUGAUACUGAUGAUUUCGUUCUUUGGAUGCUGCGGAGCCAUUAGGGAGAGUUACUGCAUGUCCAUGACCUACUCCAUUCUCCUAUUUGUCCUUAUGAUUGGUCAACUGGUCCUGGUAACAUACAUGUGGCUACAAAAAGACAAGUAUUUGAUUAUCAUGGGCGAUGUUGUUGAAAAAGCAUGGCAAAAUAGGACUCGCAAGUCCGAUUACAUGGAUGCUCUUCAAAUAAGCAUGGAGUGCUGUGGCAGAGGAGGAUUGCGCGAUUACAGCUAUCAAGGUUACUACCCAUUGUCAUGCUGCGAUGGUGCCAAACAAUGCAACGAAAGUAAUGUCUUUAAAGUCGGCUGCAAACAGGCUUUUGUCGAUUUCUGGGAUAAAAAUGCUGACAUUAUCAAAUAUGCGGGACUAGUUAUUGCAGCUAUUGAGUUUGCCGGAUUCAUCUUUGCCUGUUGCCUGGCUAACAACAUCCGUAACUACAAGCGUCGUUCUGCUUAUUGAAGAUCUGCCCUAAUGCCAACAUUUACAACGAAUACCGGUUACAAAUAGUUUUAGGGCAAUUAAAUACGACAAAUACCAUAAUCUCAUUUUAUGGUCUUUACCAGAAGCACCUAUUGUAGCUGCUAGUGGAUGCGCUGAUCUUAACAUAUCCAUCUUUUCAAUUUUAUUGGGAAUGUCACAUAAGUGAACUUCCUGGUUUUGUAUAACGAACAAAUGUACUCUACUAUCUUAACUAUUUUUUUUAUUUUGUUAUGAUAACAAAACUCUCUCUAUUGUAACUUUUCGAAUUUUUGUUUUAUAUAUCAUGGCGGUCUAUCGCUGAUUGUCCCAAUCUUUUUAAGGCGUACAAAUUAAUAAUAAUAUUGACAAUAACAUUGAUUAUGAUUUAUUGUGACUUUGUGAAUAGUGUCUUAUAUUUUUGUAUUCGUAGAGAACAAAUCAAUCCCCAAAUGGCAUUAAAAUAUAUACUAUGUGUACACAUACUACAAUGCUUAUGUACUACUAUUUAGUUUGAUUACAAUAAAAAUUAAUUAAAAAACCAAAA